CUCUCCGGUUCUGUGAACCGUGCCUUUCGUUUUUCGCGUUGACGUUUCGCUUUGCCUCCAUUCUUUUCUGCUUAUCCAUCAACAUGCGCUUCAUCGCCACGGCUGGUCUGGUGGCCUUCGCCGCGUCGGCCACGGUCGCCCACACGCCCGCUUCUUCCUCCUCCUCCGACCUUGACGCUUCUGUUUGGGAGAAGCUCGUGCCCGUGAACCACGCUCGUCAUCUGGGCCAUGCCCGGAACCGCCCAGUGAAGAGACAGUCGGGAUGGAACCCGCCCUCCGAGCUCGCAACCCCCCUGAAGGAGGUGUGGGAUCACUGCCUGAAGACUUACAGUGAUGGCAAUCUCUUUGGCUUCAAGAACUAUGGCUGGGACCAGAUCAUGGCCACUAAUGGUUCCAUCAACAUGUGUGUUCGAUGGGAUUCCAGCUCGCCCGUCACGGCGGCCCAGCGCAGCCAGAUCGCCCAAGCGGCCAGCGAGCAGUACGAGAAGUGGUUCCAGUGGUUGUACGGCUUCGACAACUUCCCCUUCUCCAAGAUCAGCGUCAAUGUCGUUGGCUGGGCCGUUCGGGACACCGGCCUGCUCGAAGGCGACACGAGCGGCAUUGACGUCUACACAAACAAGGACGGCGCCGGCGUCCCCGAGUGCGCGCCCGCCUGUGGUCGGUUCUACCAUCACGACGGCGACUACAGCCGCUGCCCCAACGGCGCGGACCGGCACUACGACCAGUCUCUGUGGCUGACUGACGGCCUAGGCGGUGGCUUCGGCGGCGACUGGGGCCAGCAGGUCGGCAAGGAGUACAUGGUGAGCGCGCUGAGCGCCGAGAACAUCCACAUUCUGCUGCACGAAAUGGGCCACACCUUCGGCCUGGAUGACUUCUAUGACUGGACCCCGACCGGCGUGAGCAACUUCAUCAUGCUUGCUGGCUCGGCGACCGAGAUCACCGAGUUCGACGGCUGGAUGCUCCGCAACUGGUGGUACGAGCUCUCUCGCAACAGGGGUUGGCAGUCGAGCGGCAGCAACAGCAACAGCAACAGCCCCUCGAGCACUCCCAGUUCCAGUCCGCCCCCUGCCGCCACCUCGUCGUCGACUCCGCAGCAGAGCGACGCAAUUACAACCGCCCCUCCGGUCGCUUCAGCCACCGAGAUUCCUCAACAACCUGCUCCUAUUACUUCUCUCGUUACGAGCAGUCAAGCCGCUCCCUCCACAUCAUUGAUUCCUCAGCAGACCACACCGGUUAGGACGUGCAAGGGCCGUCAGGGACGGAAGAGGAGUGCGUGAGGCUGGAUAGUAGCGCCGUGCUUUACUUGCUAAUGCCGGACGAAU